ACACACACACCACACACACUGACAACCGUAGGUAGAUGUCAUAGGGAAAACUAUAUUUUGUAUUUAUUGGAAGCUUAUAACGUUUACGCUUGUGCGUGCUUAAUUGAAUGACAAUAACAGCGAAACAGCGCGCACAAAAACUAACAAGUACAUUUAGGUUACCGACGUGCCUCUUAACGCGCCAAGCCAAGUGAAGCAUGCCGGAGUCAAAGACGAAACCCAGUGCAGCAAUAACAGAGGACAGCUAUGGGCCAGCUGCGUUCCGAACAGAACCAAAGUUCACAAUGACAGAUCCCAGAUUUCGAAUUCGACCCAUGCAGCAAGUUGUGUCUGCCUGUACCGGUGCCAUGAUUACCGCCUGCUUCAUGACGCCUUUGGAUGUUAUCAAGACCCGUUUACAGGCUCAACAGUCGGCUCUUCUGUCCAAUAAGUGCUUUCUCUAUUGCAAUGGCCUCAUGGAUCACAUAUGUCCAUGUGGCCCGACUACGCCCACGCCUACUUCAGCAUUUACUAAGUUAGCGCCAGCAUCAUCAACCCAUUUUACGGGCACAAUUGAUGCAUUCGUUAAGAUUAGCCGCGCUGAGGGCAUUGGCACAUUGUGGUCCGGUCUGAGUCCGACGCUCAUCUCUGCCCUGCCCUCGACCAUUAUAUAUUUUGUGGCCUACGAACAGUUCAAGGCACGAUUCAUCGAUCUGCACUACAAAUAUGUGGCGCCAGUUCAAAGUUCAUCCUACAAAAAGGACAUUCCAAUGCUGGUGCCGAUGCUUGCUGGCGUCACAGCCCGAAUCCUGGCCGUCACAUUUGUUAGCCCCAUUGAGCUGAUACGCACCAAAAUGCAAUCGCAAAAGAUGACCAACGCCGAGAUGCUGGGCUCAAUCCGGCAAGUGAUGCAGUCGCAGGGCGUCUUGGGCCUCUGGCGUGGUCUGCCGCCAACAAUACUGCGCGAUGUGCCGUUCUCGGGCAUCUAUUGGACCUGUUAUGAGUACCUGAAGAGCAGCUUUCAUGUCGUCGAGCCCACGUUCGCCUUUAGCUUUGUGGCGGGCGCCAUUUCGGGUUCGGUUGCUGCAAGCAUUACGACGCCAUUUGAUGUGAUUAAGACGCAUGAGCAAAUCGAGUUCGGUGAGAAAUUCAUAUUUGCAGAUAAUCCGCCAAAGAGUGUACCGACGAAAUCAGUUGCGGAUCGCUUGGCAAGCAUUUAUCGGUUAAAUGGACUCCGUGGCGUAUUCUCAGGAUUGGGACCGCGUCUGUUUAAGGUGGCGCCAGCCUGUGCGAUCAUGAUAUCAACUUUCGAAUACAGCAAAGCGUUCUUUUACCACUACAACGUGGACCAACACAAUCAGGCGUUGCUGGCCAACAACAAUGCGUCAAGGUCAAAUGCGGUUGCAGUCCACACGACGGGUGGAAAGGAUUAGGGCGGACUGGAGAUGGCUCGGGCCAAUUGAUACGUGCCUGUAAAUAUGUAAAUUAUUAUUAAGCUUUAAUGCAAAAUCGCUGGGUUGCAGCACAUUAAGCAGUUUGAGUUUCAGAACCCGUUGUAAAAUUGAUGAGUGAAAUAAAAUUGUUUUAAUUUGAAAUGCCAAAA